UUUAGAAUUUGAUUGAGAAAAUCACAAAUUUAGGCGCGGAUUGCAAAAUUGAUGACUUUAUCGUUUAAGUUUUGAAUUAAACCGCAUCUGGCAACAACUGCAGCCGUACCAUGUCCAUGAGAUCAGGAGUUCACGCGUUCGCGUGUUCAUUUGUUCACAUGUUGUGUUUGUUGGAAGACGAAGAGAGAGUGGAAAAACUUCUUACGGGAGUUGCGUGUUUUUGGUUCAAGUGCAGCUUUCGCUUCGAGGUUGGGUGGGAAGUUCCUGACUUUUUUUUAGCUCUUGAUUAUAGGUAACGAAUCAGAUGAACAGAAUGAAGGACGACAGGAGUCGUGAUCCGGUGGACAAACUGGGUCGUGAAGUAACAGUUACGGGUUACAGUACAAUUGCUUUUCGUCCGCCAGUCGUUGCGGCAUGCUUGGGUCAAGCAUGGUGGCGACGCGUGCUCGCCGCUCUGCGCUUGUGGGCAUGGUAUCCGAGGCACGGGGAGCUUGAACUGCGUCGCGAAGAUCUGGUGGAUCCCGCGAUGCGAUACGCCACGUCCCAACUUGGGAGCACCAGAACACCUAGGAGUGAACAGGAAAACCACACAAGCGACAGUCAGGACCACGAAGAUGUGUUGGAGGUGGUAGCACCCGUGGAGUGUCCGAUUGGCUCUUUGGGUUUACAAUUUUUCCUUGCUGCCGUCAGUGGUGAUGGGGACCCUGCGGUGCGCGACUUUCUACACGAACGGGAAGGCUUUUUUGCAACGUGGCAAGCGAUAGAACAGCAGGAGCGGCUUGAUGCGAGCGCACCAGCUGUAGCAAAUAUUCAUAUUGGUGACGGACUUGAUGUAAAGGAAGAGCUACAGGCACAACACGAUAGAAAUGUAGGCACUAGUGCAGGUAGCGCGGUAAGAAUCGUUUACAGGAAAGACUCCCUGGUCGCUCGAUUGUUCAAAAAUUAUCCGGAAGUCGCUUGGUCGCCGCUUUUUGAAGCGCUACAAUCAAGCAUUGUUGAAAGCUUCCAGGAAAACUUUCGAACGAGCGACUCUUUUGACGAACACACUCUGGCAGCAAAUCUGAUGAAAGACUACUUCUGUCGAGUCGUUGGAGCUAGACGACGAGAGUUACACGUUGUAGUGGUUAAUUCUGGUGGCGGACCGGAUCAAGACAACGUCGAGAAAUUGGGCACACAUUGUCAACAUUUCAUCGCUCCCGACCUUGGCGAGAGCGAUGAGACAGAAGAUCGUGCUAGAGGUAGUACUCGAAAUGUUGAUGCCCUCGGACGAAGUACUAGCACCAAUAAAGACCUCGUUCUUAUUCGCGAUAAGCCAUUAGGACCUGAUCUUCUUGCAGAUUGGAUGCAUGUGAUCGGGGACGGAGAGGCCUUGGAGAGGGAAUCGCGGCAGACGAGAAAUCCCUUCAACUAUUGCUACAGCGAUGAGAACUUGGAACAAGUUGGUGUUGAAGGAGCGGACGCUACGCAAAAAGCAGAUCCACAUAGUUUCAAGUAUCAAAAGUGGAAGAAAGCGCGACCGGAAGGCGAGUCACAUGAUGAACAACAACUGCCCCCGCAAUCCCUGAUUCCUGAAGGACCUGCGGUCGAUAGCGGGAUAUUGCCCUGCGAAGCGCAAUUCUUUUUGCACCAUGCGCAAGAGGCUGGCUGUCCGGUUAUCGUAGAAAGCGGUGUCUUCCAGGGAAGCUCGACGGAGUACUGGUGUCAAUAUGCGGAGCGUUUUUUCCCGCCUGGUGUUGGGCGCGUUAUCUCAGUAGACCGGCAGUUUCUACGUGCGAGGGAAACUUUUUGUACGACCCGGAGGCAGUCAUCUGUCCGUUUUAUUGAUGACAUGAUCCCGGACCCGGAAGCGAAGGUUGAUCAACAAGAUGAAAAGGUUAAAAAGAAUCUUCAUCUGGAGGACCACAAUCUGGACUCGGGAGGUCACGGCGGGAAUCCUAGUCCUCUUACCAUGUUGGAAGGAGACGCCUUCGAGCUUCUUCCGCUAAUCUUAGGCCAACUGACUGCAAAACGUUUGGAGUUCCUCAACGCUGAAGCGUCCUCCUCGUCCUUGAGCUCAGGACAGGCGGAACGAAGGCAAGCGGUGAGCAUAUGGAAAGAGCUCGACUUCACAGAAGUGUCGUAUUUUGCAUUGUCUCGGCGCCAGUCGACUACUUGUACUGGGAAUCAGAGUAUCGCAGGAGCACCUGUGGAAGGGCGUGUUGAGGUCCGAGACAGCACGAAGCCAUCAAUUUGCCUCUUCCUUGACGGACCUAAGGGCGGCGUUGCUGUCCGCUGGGGUGAAGAGCUUUUGGAACGCUUUGCCGCGAUUGCGUUCAUAGGGUACCACGACAUGCACAGCGAGGCCAAGACCGCCGACUAUUAUCUUCAUGGUGACGCGCGAAAUCUAGCGAGAAUACGGCUUGAGAAAAGCAAACACAAAACACUCUUCACUGAAGAUGGUCCUGGAAAUCAUGUCGUCGGUAUCAUGUUUCGAGAAACAAGGAGUGUGAAUGCAACCAUGAACAAUAUCAAAGACUCUUCAACUUCAACUGCUCCUUCCGCUUAUUAAUUAACAUCCCCUUGUUCUUGUUCUGAGAUUACUCAGGUGAGUCUGCCGCAAAGAGUUUCGAGACAGCAAGUCCAAGUCAUGCGAUUUUUUUUGCACAAGCAGUCACCGUUAAGUUACAU